UUGGUACUCGAUUCCGUUCCGACUCAGGAUAAGCGACAAACCUUGCUUCGGAACAAUUCGGAAAUUCGGAGGAACGUGUCGUGUAGUAUGCUGUGAUUUACAUUUAAUUUUUGUUAAAACAUCUUCUGAUAGUGAUCGUAAAUUAAGCAAUCGUUAUAAAAAAUAAAAUAAAUGGCUUCGCCACGUACCCGUCGGAAGUUAAAUUUGGUGAGGACACAAGAUGAAAACCACAAAUGCUUCGAAUGUGACACGCUCAACCCGCAAUGGGCAUCUGUUACGUAUGGCAUAUGGAUCUGCUUGGAGUGCUCUGGAGUCCAUCGAAGCCUCGGUGUGCAUCUUUCGUUCGUGCGUUCUAUAACUAUGGACAAGUGGAAAGACAUUGAACUCGAAAAAAUGAUGGUUGGUGGAAAUGCCAAAGCUCGCAUUUUUUUUGAAAAUCAACCUGACUAUAAACCGGAUAUGUCAAUACCACAAAAAUACAAUACGAAAGCUGCCGCUAUGUACAGGCAAAAGAUCGCAGCUCUCGCAGAAGGUGGUUCAUGGAGUCCAUCUGAUUAUAAGCCUGAAAAUACUGAGCGAUCAUCAGAUUGGAAUUCGCUUGGAUCUUACUCUUCCGAUGAUAACAUGGUCCACAUGAGUGGUUCUGACAAUGAUAUCAGUUACCAUAGCAAAUAUGGCAGUGGACGCUAUGUCGGCUUUGGAAAUUCACAGAAUCAAUCUCAAUCAACACCUAUGUCACCUUUACACAGUGGAAAUGAAAUGGUUGACAACACCCUGGCUUCCUUAGCAUCGGGUUGGUCUAUGCUGACAUCUUCUGUAAGCAAAGUGGCCCGAACUGCUACUGAAAGUGCUGUUAAAUAUGGAGGAAUAGCAUCUCAGAAAGUUUCUGAAAUGGCAUCUACUGUCACAGAUAAGGUUAACAAUCGUGGUGGACGAAGCUCCUUGAGCGGCACCAAUGAGUUGCGCCGAGCCAGCAAUACAAGUCCCCAUUUCCUCACACAAAGCUAUGGUGCUAUGAAAAAUUCAACUUCUGAGACCUACUUCAAUUGGAAUGAGCCAGACCAGUCUUCGGCAUUUUCUGUAGCAGCUCGUAACAAUUUGGAUACUCGUGAUCUAUCUCAGGUUGGCAUAUCAAGCCCACCUCCCGAUAUUAAAAAUAUCACAAUAAAGAAAAAGCAAGACAGUGAGGACUCGUGGGACUGGCUUUAAACAUUACUUUGAAAAAA